AUGGAAUAUCCAAGUCUCAUAUUUUCUCAAUUUGCUGAUAAAGAAGAAAUCAUGCUUUGCAAUGCCAUGAUUAGAGGUUUUGCACUUAAACGUAGCUUCGUAAAAUGCAUCUCACUGUACGAUGAAAUGCCUCUGAGAGGCCUUAAACCCCAUAAUUUUACCUACCCAUUCGUGAUAACCUCAUGCUCUGAAAUGGGUUGGUUCAGAAAAGGGAAACAAGUCCAUUGCAAUAUUGUAGAGACUGGGUUUGAGGCGAGUUGGUCGGUUGCGAACGCACUUUUCAUUAUGUACAUUAAAAUGUUGGAUUCUUGUUACCCGGAAUCGAUGAAUAAAAGGAAUUUGUAUGAUGCUCAGAAAAUUUUUGAGGAUUUGUGCCCCAAACCUAUGGAAGCGUGGAACCGGUUGAUUUCCGGUUAUGUAAGCAUUUGUGCUGUUGAGAGUGCAAGACGCUUGUUUGAUGAAAUGCCUGAAAGAGACGUUGUUUCUUGGAAUUCCAUGAUUUCAGGUUAUAUCAAAGUAAAGAAAAUAGACAAUGCGAGAGAUUUGUUUGAGCGAAUGCCAGAGAAAGAUGUUGUCUCUUGGACUCUGAUGAUUGGGCUGUAUGCCAAUGUGGGGGACCUUGUAACAGCAAGAAGGUUUUUUGAGCAAAUGCCAUGCAAGAACGUCGUUUCUUGGAAUUCUAUGAUUUCAAGUUACACCCAUCAUGGACAAUUUGAAGAAGCAUUGGAUCUAUAUCUGCAAAUGCAAGUAGAAGACGUAAUUCCAGAUGCACAUACAUUUGUUUCUGUUCUAUCCGCUUGUUCUCAACUUGGUGCUCUAGAGUUUGGUAAAUCUAUACACUACAUGAUCAAAGAUUGGUCUCAGUUGGGAAUAAUUUUGAGGACUGCCCUAAUAGAUAUGUAUGCCAAAUGUGGAGAUAUUAACAGAGCUUUUUCGCUGUUUAUCAAGGUAAGAAUGAAGGAUGUAUUUUGUUGGAACGUUAUGAUAAGAUCACUAGCUAUCCAUGGACGGACAGAAGAUGCCAUCAAAAUAUACUCCCUGAUGCAAAAAGUGGGACUCAAACCGAAUGACUUCACCUUUACUGCUGCUCUCUUUGCCUGUAGCCACAGAGGUUUGGUAGAUGAAGGUCGAAGAAUAUUCUACGAUAUGGAGAAAGAAUUUGGCGUUAACCCAAAGGUUGAGCAUUAUAGUUGUAUAAUUGAUUUAUUCAGCCGAAAUGGCCAGCUAGAGGAAGCGUUGGGUGUAGUAAAGGAGAUGCCUUUCAAACCUGAUAUUGCUAUUUGGGGUGCUUUGCUUGGAGGCUGCAGUGUAAGAAGCAACUUCAAGUUGGCAGAGGAGGUCAUAGAUAAGGCAACUAAGUUACAAGCAAAUGAAUCAGGAGUUCAUGUCCUGCUGUCUAAUAUGCAUGCAUCUCUAGGGCAAUGGACAGAGGCUCAAAGUGCAAGAGAGAAGAUGGAAGAGGAGAAAAUUUUGAAGAAAGCAGCGCGUAGCAGCGUUAUUUAUUAG